ACGACAGCAAAAACAAAACAACCAAAAUUCAGAAGCGGUCUUUUAUUUUACGAUUUUCCUAUGUUUUACCCCUAAAAGUGACCAAAAAUGGCUGGGAAAUUCAACGGGUUCAGUCAGGACGAGAUAAACAGAGUACAAAACAGAGCUGGAAGCAAAGAGAACGCAAAAAGUGUACCUGCGGUGAAAAAACACUUGGGACUCCGACGACUGCCUUCUGACACGACAAAUAACAAUGACAGAUCUCCGGUGCCCACACGAAAGGCACACAGCUGUGUUUCUCAUUCACACGGAGGAGGAGCAUCUGCUGCUCAAAAGCCCAUCAACAAAAGUCGCCCCAACUCCGCGUCAUACAUUCCCGAUACAACGGUGGAAGACAUCGAAAAUCAUCCUAUGCAGGAAGCAGCACAUUUCAAACCACUGCCAACGCGAGUAGAACCUUUUGAAGAUGUAGAAAUUUUGCGUGAGGAAGGUGAAGUGAUUGAAUUAGAGCCAAAUAAUGCGAGUCCCUUUCGCGGGGUUUCCCUGAAGGACUUUGAACAUCAACGGAAGAUGAUUGAAGAGCAAAAUAGACACAAGGUUCAAAUACUGCAGAAAGCAAUAGAGCAACAUUCGCAAAAAACUGCUGCUGAAGCGAAAAAACUCGAUGAAAUAAAGCAAGAGCUUGCCAAAUUGGAUUCAGAGCUUGCAUCUGAUGUAGCAAUUCUGAGAAAACAAAUUGAAACGGCAACAAUUCAGUACAGCAAUGUACAAAAACAUUACGAUACAAUUGAGCAGCUCUUUUUAAAGGCAAAGUUAGAUUUGCAUCAGGCAUGCGAAAAGAAGGAAAUGCUGACCGAGCAUCUGUGUACAAUUAUUGCGCACAACGAGGAACGUAAAGCAAAGCGAUUGACGGAAUUGAUGGAAAAAGUUGGAUUAAAUGACGAAAAUGGAAACUAACGCUUUCGCGCAACGACAAUAAACCGGGCUUGCCUACUAACGGAAAUGAUCUUAUGAUAUAUAUUUUUUAAUAUUUAUAUUUUAAAUUUGAUGAUAGACCCACUAAAACAAAGAAAAGCAAUGUAAUUUUAAUAUAAUAUGUGUACUACUAUGUUAGAUGUUCAUCGCACAUCAAUAAAUAAUCAUAUUUUGACUUUAUAUUA